GUCACGUGGCCUCCGCUACUGUUUGGAUUCAGGACUCGCCUGGGACAGGCGGGGCCGCGAUGGCCGAUAACAGCUAAUGCGUGCAUAUUCUCUGAGAAAGAAACAUAAGCAGCCAAUGUGAUACAUCCGGAAAUUCAAGCGACUUGCAUGCAGUGACUUGGACAGCCUUCCUGACAGAAGACAUGGAGAUAACGUCGGACGGAGAGGCGGCGGAACGCAGGCGAGAGCUCUGGAAGUUGUUGUCCAGUCUGAAGACCACAGUAGAGGGCCUCCUGUCCACAAACAACCCCAACGUUUGGUCCCGCUACGGAGGCCUUCAGCGCCUGCACAAGGACAUGAACAACAUUCUCAGCCAUGGACUGAAGAAUGAGCAGGUUUAUUACAAGCAGAGAGACUACUGGCCAUUUGUGUGGUGUGUUCGUUACAUCAACCCUCAGUUUGCCUCACAUGUUGAACAGUUCAGUCAACUGGAGCCUGUACUGAGCACCAGGGUGCAGAGUGCUGGUGAGAGCUACAAGGCUGACCGCUGGCUCCUUUACAGCUUGCAGGUCCACAUGCUGUCAGCUCAGCUGAAACCUCUGCUUAGGCAUCGGGGACAUACAAGAAAAUACUACAACGAGGAUGCCUACCUGCUCAGCGAGCCACAUGUCACCGCCAUGUUCCAGUGUCUUGAAGCUGUGGAGCAGAAUAACCCCAAACUUUUAGCCCAAAUAGACACAGUGGGGCUCUCCCCUCUCAACAACCCGCCGUGCCUUGGCCUGUUGAAAAGCCAGAGCCUGUGUGUGUUGCCCGGGGCUGGCGGGAACUGGCGAACUGCUGACUUGGCACCUCCAAGAGAGUCUUUAAACCGGAGGCUCACCACAUCUGACAACUCCCUUAGAGAUGUGGCUGCCUUGACCACCAGUGGCAACAUGACAGGAGUCAGCAAUAGCGCAAAUACUACCUCACGAACCAGCAGCCUUGGUCCUCCCUGGGUGUGCUUGACCAAGCCAGAGGAGAGCAAGCAGGGUGUGAUGCCCCCUCCUGGACAUGCGUCCAUACCAUCCAUCUCUCUUUCAGAGUCUCCCUCACCUUCCUCCCCACAACCUGACACAGGAGAUUCAGGCGAUGGCGAAUUUGAUGACGGUCCAGAGUAUUUGGCCAUUGGUAAUCGGGGCCAACACAGUCGCCGAAACACUCAAAGCUCCACACACAGCAGUGAGACCAGCGAGAGCAAGGACCUGUCCCCACAGCCAAAAUCUAUGGCUCUACCUCCACCUAGGCGCUCAUCUUUUUCAGAGGGCCAGAGAGAACCAGGCCGAGGGUCUCGAGGACACACCCGGUCGUUUUCCGACACAGGGAUUGGCCAAAAACUCAGGAAAGAAAUGAUGAGCGAAGACUGCAGCAUUAAGGAGUACAACCCUUUCUCAUCCCAGUGCAAUGACCCCAACACGCCGACUUCCUUUUACAUGGAAUCUUAUGGGUCUCAGCACAGCAGGACACCAGAUGGUUUGUUUAGGAAGCCAUCAGAGGGCCAGAGCCUCAUCAGCUACCUGUCAGAGCAGGACUUUGGCAGCUGUGCUGACCUUGAAAAGGAGAACGCUCAUUUUAGCAUCUCCGAGUCUCUCAUUGCGGCCAUUGAGCUGAUGAAGUACAACCUGCGGUGUCAACAGGACGAGAGGGAAGAGGAAGGGGACAGUGACUCAGAGAUUCAGCAGCUCAAGCAAAAGAUCCGCCUGCGAAGGCAGCAGAUCCGUCGCAACCGCUUACCGCCCUGCACGGCUUCCCAGCACCUGUUCACUUCGACUGAUAGCAGUGGUUCAAGGAGGAGCUCCCAGGACUCCAGUCACGGCCUAUUAGAUUCCGACUCUGCUGAAGAGGUGGAGGAGUGUGAACUGCAAGAUGGCUGUGAGGGUCAGUCCCUGCUGGUGGUGUCUCAGAACGGCCUCUCCUUGUCACUUGCCUCCCUCUUCUCAGUGAUGCCUGCAGAGGGACUGCUUAGUUAUUUGUAUAGCUGCCAUCCAUCCUCUCAAGCAGACAUAAAGCGCAGCAUAAGCUCCAGCAACAAGUCAUUUCUGAGCUCUGAGUCAAUUUCCACCUCCUUCCUUCAAUCCAACUCAGCGGAGUCGGUUGCCAUGGGUUUGCUCCGACAGUUUGAGGGCAUGCAGCUUCCUGCCGCCUCUGAGCUUGACUGGCUGGUUCCAGAACAUGAUGCGCCACAGAAACUGCUGCCCAUCCCAGACUCUCUGCCUAUCUCCCCGGAUGAUGGAGAACAUGCAGACAUCUAUAAGCUAAGGAUUCGCGUACGAGGGAACCUGGAGUGGGCACCGCCCCGACCACAAAUCAUCUUCAACAUUCACUCUCCACCCAAGAGGAAGAUAGUUGUGGCAAAACAAAAUUACCGCUGUGCUGGCUGCGGCACUCGCAUCGACCCAGAUUAUAUUAAAAGACUACGUUACUGCGAGUACCUUGGUCGUUACUUCUGCCAGUGCUGCCACGAGAAUGCGCAAGCGGUGGUUCCCGGUCGAAUUCUCAUGAAGUGGGACUUCAGCAAAUACUACGUGAGCAACUUUGCCCGUGAUUUGCUGAGCAAGAUUGCGGGAGACCCACUCUUUAAUCCAAAUGACAUCAACAGCAGCCUCUACAAGAAAGUUAAAGCUCUGGAGUCUGUUAGGGUUUUGAGAAUGCAGCUAUUUCAUAUGAAAAACCUCUUCAAGACGUGUCGAUUUUCAAAAGAGGUCCUUGAGCAGUUUGACAUCCUUCCUGGUCACUUGACCGAGGACCUUCACUUGUUUUCCCUAAAUGAUCUCUCGGCCAUGCGCAAUGGAGAAUUAGCCCCCCGAAUGAAGGAGCUGCUUAAACUUGGAACUGUGCAUGUAGCGGGCUGUGUGCUGUGCCAGGCAAAGGGCUUCGUGUGCGAGUUCUGCGGCAACGAAAAAGACAUCAUCUUUCCCUUUCAACUGAGCAAGUGCCAGCGCUGCGAAGAGUGUCAUGCUUGUUACCACCGCAGUUGCUUCAGAAUCACGAAGGACUGCCCCCGGUGUCAGAGGCUGGCCGAUCGGCGAGAGAAGAUGGAGCAACAAGAGGACGAGGGUGGCGGAAUUUAGUGAGGAAAACCCGCAGGCGAGCAGAAGUAGAGCACAAUAUGACGGUGAUUGUAAUGCUUCCCGUAGAACCCGUUCCACCUUUCACUCUAGCACUUAACACUGGAGAAUGUGUUCAAUGUGAAAAAGGAGAAGUGAGCGUUUGCUGCCAUCCCAGGUGAGAUGUCUCAAAUCUUCUAGUAGAAAGGCAAGCUAUGGUGCAGCUCCACACAGCCAAAGAUUGUUAAUUGGCACUUAAUUUGUUUUCCUCUGCAGUAAAACACACCUGAUUAAAUGUCUUUUUUUUUUUUUAAACUCCUGGCAACAGUUUUACAUGCUUCAGGCCUACUGAGGAUUUGUGAUUUUGAUUUAAAAUGGGUGCUUUAUCAUUUUUUUAAUUGUCAAGUAAAAAAAAAAAGACUGACUUUCAAUGUACAUUCCUUUCAUUAUUGUGUUUUAAUUGAGAUAUAUACAUCCAUUUUUAUUUUUUUUGCAAUAGAGACGUGCCUUGAGACCAAAAACGUUGGCAGUGAGUUGUGAGUAAGAGUAAAAAAAACUAUGAGACCAACUUUAUUUUAUGGACCAUACCUGUCGGCAGUAAACAGAAAACUGGCCUACUCAGUAAUCCACUUUAGCAGGUACAUUAAAAAGCUGAAAGGUAGUGGGUAUGUUGAUAACAAAAUCCACCUAUUUAAUGUUUUAUUUAAAAAAUAAUUUUUAGGACUUAAAAUAUAGCUUCACAACAAUUUCUUACUUGCAAGUAUUUUGGCACAGCAUUAUUAGCCAAUGCUGGGCGUGAGCUAAAACUACCUUUGUGACUAACAGCGCAGCUUAUGACUGGACUAGAUUUAGCCAUUGAGCUAAAUCCAAGACUGAAUGAUUGAGCUACAGCUAGCAGCAGCACUUAAGACUGGACUAGAUUUAGCUAUUGAGCUAAAACCAGGACUGAAUGACUGAGAUGAAGCCAGGACUACGUUUGCCAUUGAGCUAAAGCGAGGGCAGAGCUGACUCUUACUUCCUUGUGUUGAUCCGGUGAGCUUUCAGGGUGAUGAAAACAUUCUCAAGACGCAUAAUUAUUUUACUGUACUGUUUUGUGUUUUUUGUCAUUAGUGACUGAUGACAUUUCGGAUGUAUGUCUAAGUUGCUGUACUUUAUGCACAACAAAGGUUUACACGAGUCUAAUCAGCACUUAGUUUUUUUUUCCCUCCAAAUGUAACUAUUGGCAUUCCUGGAGAAAAUCAAGUUUAUUGCACUGAUGUCUGUUUUUGUGUGGAAUAUGGAAUGGAAUCGUCACUUGUGAGAUUCUGUCCUGAUAUUUAUCAUCAGAAGACGGUUCUUCAAUCUUACUCGUGUGCAAAACAGCAUAGAUGUCCUCCUUCAAAAAUGGACAAUGUUAUUCCAUAAUUGCAUUCAAAUUCGAAGUAAAUGUAUUUCUUGACGGAUUUUCCUCAACAAUACUUACUCAAGAUAGUAACAGCAGACAAUAUUGGGAAACCACAAAAAGUACUUGUUUCCCUCCCAUCUUUCAUCACCUUACCAUUUCAAACGGUGACGUAGUGAUUUUUUUCAAGUCCUCUUUGUCGGCCCGCACACAGGAGACCAAAGUAUUAUUGUCCACAAAUAUGUCCACUAGUAUCACAGUGACCAAUUUACCAUACAUUUACACCUUAGCUUCUUAUACUAGGUAUUCAGCACCCUCCACUCUUCUAGGACUGAAGGUGCUCUACAAAUUUCAAUUUAAAUUGUUAUAAUUAUUUUUGUUUGUUAUAUUAUCAUUGUUAUAUAAUUGUAUUGACAAUAAAAGAAUGGCCAGACUGUUAACGCA